AUGUCCUUCAAGGACGGAAACGCUUGGGCUCUUCGACGUGCCAGGGAGAGAGAACAGAUGAGACUGAGCGGUGAUACUGAGCAGGGGAGUCUCUCGUCCUUGAAAAUCGUUAAAACGAUCUCGCCAGAUCUCGGCAAAUUAGACUUCGACUCCGACCUUGCUCUGCCAAUGCCAAAUCCUCGCACUGCUCGAGCCAACUCGAUCGUAAACGACUCUCUCUCCUCUUCCCCUAGCAUCCCUGCCAGUGGAAGCGGAAGUGGAAGUCUCUGGAGCAGAAGCAUUGCUAAGAAACGCUCGUUCACUGAACCGGGCCGUUUGGCAGCGGCGGCAGCAUCAGCUGGUGAGAAAAAGUCGGACAAGAAAUCAACCUUCAAGGCUCUCAAGGCCAAGCUCAGUUUGAAGGAUCUGAAGAAGGAGUUUCGCAAGGAGGUCCCACCGGCAAGUACGAUGCCGAAAAUCACUAUACUCCGGAAUUCUUCAUCUUCAGAUCCUUUUGCUAGAAAGGGGAACAAUUUCGAAGUCGAGAGGCUGUAUACUCCCAGACCUAGGGUGAUGGAGGUGGGUACGGAGUCGCUGUCGCGAAAGUCAAGUGUGAUUCGGUUGGAUGAUUGUCUCAAGGAUGUCAGAAAGGCGUCGGAUUCUUCCGUGAGAACACCCAUGAAAGAUGGUAUUGCGGGUGGUGUCGGUGGUGAGCGUAUGUCUGAACUGGGUACUAAGUUCAGACAUACCCUCAUCCACAGCAACGACGCCGAAGAGGGGCUUGCUUCUAACCUGCUCGAUGCCGUUCUCCUGAGCGGAUCGUCGCCAGCUGCCCGAACAGGAGAAUACAGAAACAGCAGACUGCCGGAGGUCGUCAAUACACCUCAGCGCGCUUGCAGUUACGCAGCUGAGCCGGCGUCUCCCAAAAGUGCGGCUUCCACGGUCCGCGAGAGCGAAGCUGCACGCAUGUACUCUCCAUCGGUGUACGAGACGGCCUUGUCUGAUAGAAUGUCAGAUCUGCCACGUCGCGAUUACGGGGUGACCAGCGUUGAGGAUGUCAUUUCGCUCACGCCAACCCGGGACAGUGACUCGUCCGUCAAGAAAGGUUCCGACACCCGUCUGUCGUCAUGGGCGUCUCCUGCGUCGACGUUCCACGCUGGUCCUGAUAGAUCGCCUAGCGACUAUGUUUCCGUCGAUAAAGCGCAGCUCAUGGGUUCCACUGGUCGGGGUGGCUUCGCCCCUAUGCCGCCAGACCCGGAGUAUCAAAACACGGCGGCGCUGGAGGAGCAACUUGCUUCGCACGUAGAGCAGCUCCAUUUCCACGUGCAACAUGCGGCCAGUAAACUCGUCAAGACAUUUGAGGACAAAAACAACUGGCACAUGGACCAAGUUCUUCGCCAUGUGGACACGAUGGUUGACCUAGCUCAGGCCAUCAACAAGAAAGCGGCUGCUCAGACUGAGCUACUCAGGGAGGCGCAGACGGCCGUCGCGGAUGUCAGGGCCCAUAUCGACACAUUGCGUCGCGAAGUGCGCGUCAUCAAGUCAAAGAUCAUUACUGCGAUCCACGAGGAGAUUGGCAAGCUCAGAUACGACCUCCAAGAGGAGGGUAAGCUUGGCCCUGGCAACCCAGCAUCUGAGGGCAUCUUGACCCCCAGUGCUGGGCUGCAGGGCCCGUCGUUUCCUGUGUUGGUGAACCGAGACUUGAGCGAGCAGAAAGAUGGGAUGGCCAAGAUGCUGCAGAAAAAAGAAGAUGCAAAGGAUGAUGAGAAGGAGAUGAAGAAGAAGAUUGAGCAAGAGAAAAAAGAAGAAAGAAAACAAGCAGCCCCGUCGACCGUGUUACGCAGUGCCAGUCUUGUGAAUAGCACGUCCUCCGCUUACCUGAGCGUCAGAGACCAUCAGCACCAAAUCACUGAAAAGCGUGUUGCCUGGAAAGAUGAUUAUGCAGACUCUUCAGGAUCCCCGACUCCAAAGGCAUCCACCUUUCUUGAUCUCCCAGACUUGCUUGUGCCUGCAAUCGAACAAGCCGAAGCUCUUCUCACUCCUGCUGCACAGCCCAAGAUGGAGAAACCUGCAUCCAAACGCAGCUUCUUUAACCUGCGUCGUCACCGUGACAGUGACAAUAACGCCAGUCGCACGCAGGAGAACAAGCACCUAGCUGGUGACAACAACAAGGCACAGGAGAACAAGAACAAACCUCAGGUUGUCGACAACACCAAGCUUACUACACCCACUUCCAACCAGGAAUCAUCUGUCGACCCCAGCACCAUCCACCCACUCCACCGCACCCCCGAGCAGCGCAGAAUCCUCAUCGAGCGAGAUCUCGAACGCAUCCGUCUCGAAAAGCAGCAACUGGCCAUGCUGACAACUCCAAGUCCAACUCCUGCUCGACGUCCCGGCGUGCUCAAGCUGUCUAAACCUCACACUUCAAUCAGCGCUUCAAAUACUCUUACCACUCCCUCAUACGAUGAUGGUACCUCCUCAUCACCUCCUACUCUCCACGGCUGGCCUCUCCCAGACGUCUACAAGAACCGGUUGCCAAUCUUGCCAUCCCGCAGCUCGAACUCGGCCUCGACCCCAGCAGGCUUCGAUAACCCGUAUCCGAUCUUCAAACAUCCCGUGCCUGCUUCUAGCUUGGGUAAUCAUACUCCUACCGGGUCCUCUUCUUCGCAGGGCGGUGCUGCUGCUGCUGCUGGUGUUGUGAGACCUCAUCGUCCGGCUCCGCUUACUUUGGUUCCUCCUAAUAAUGCUGGGCUUGGACGGAAGAGGGAGGGGUCUGGAAGACAUCGAAGUGGAACGUUGGAGAGGGUGGAGGAGUGA